AUGGAUUCCCAAAAGCCAUGGCUGGCCGAUUUCAUCAAGUCCAGUCUUGAUGCGUGGUUUGGUGAACUCGAGGGAUGCCGCUCCGCCGACUAUCAAUUCCAGAAAAUUGACGACAAUUUGAAAGCAAGUCAUACAGCACCAUGUCAAAAGACUGUGUAUCUCCUGAAGCUGCCGAAACUUGGUCUAGCAGAGGCGCCAGGGGAGAUCUUUGAUGGAAUACACAAAAUAGAAACCAUUUUCACCAAUGGCACAGCACAGAAGGUAAUAGCCUCUGGUGCCCGGCAUGGAACACUCUUACAUCUCGUCGAUCCCGUCCUUCGAGUCACCCCCCAUGUCAACCCUCCCAAACCCCUGGUCGAGGUUACAGCCUGCGAGACUGUGGAUGAGACGGACCAGAUGGAACGAAAUCUUUCUGGCUGUGCUGUCUCUGAAAACCAAGAUAUACGAGAAAGGAUGUUUCGGUAUUGGGCUGUGAAAAGACACAACCGUGCUCCUUCGACGUCCGCUUCACGAGGCAGCCCCGACUCUUUCAGAUCGCAGGUUGAUUUCAGCACACAAGCGUUCGAUGAGGCUGUAAACUCUGACGGUGAACCUGGGGAGGAUAAUGAGGAGGAAAUCUCUCAGCAGGCAUUCCUUACCCAAGUUCCCGAUGGUCUCAGUCGUCCCCGAGACACAGAAGAGAGUCAUGGCUCUCCGGCUCGUAUACCAUCAAAUCAGACACAACAGCCUGCGACAAAAGGGGGCCUCCUUCUGUCCUCAGCGGAAGUUAUCACGUCACAUAAUGAGUCGUCAUUGCCUCCAACCACGACAGCCGGCGAACAGUUAGGACAUACCACUCACAGUCGCCUCUCGCUUUCAGCAGUUCCUAGCCUGUCGCCGCUUCAGGCUCCCCCAGCUGCUACAACGGACAAUGACAAAAGCAGUCCUGUGGAAAUAUCUGAAUUGAGUGUUAACAUUCCAGAGUCCCCGAAGCCCUCAGCGGACCACAGCCAUGAGGAGCCACCCAGUGUGUCCCCAAAAGCGAGCCCGGUAAAGCAAGUCAGUGUCCAUCAAUCAUCUGAAGAGCGCCCCAACCACUUCCAACUUUGGCGAAGGGAGAAGCACAGAUAUCUUCCCAGACGCCUCCAAGAGAUCCCCAAAAAACAGGGAAAGCUACUAGCGUCCCUCUUGGACUCGGGGGAUAGUUGGCAGCCAUCACUCGUAGGUCGGACGCAGAGGCCGGGAGAGAUACCACUAGACCUGCUAGUUGAACUCUCUGAUGCUGCGGAUAAACGAGCGAGCGAUGCCGCAUGGUCUCCUAAUGUUGUGGAACCUAAGAUUUCGAGAGAAGCUGUAAGUCCAGCUCAGCAUGGACAAGAUCAAGAGUUGAAAUCAGCCCACCCCAGCGAAGGUGAUACAAGCGAUUCCGAGGAAUCUGUGGACUGGUCUCAAAGCCCGCCAACUCAAGAACGGCGGGCGAAUAGAUUGCCCCCAAACAGCCCUCCUCCAACCCUGACGCGACGAAAACGAUCUUCUGUCGUUGGUGAUAGUGGAGGAAAAGAAGGAAGUACAAUGUCAAGUCGUCGAGAUACUACCCUCGGCAGCUCGACCGUCCAAGAACGAAAGUUUGACGUUCAGUCAUUAUCCCGUGAUCACAGUCCCAGCCAUUUGGAUGCAGCUUCUUCGACCACGGAUGUGCCACAUGCUGAACUGGAUGACAAGAAGUCGUCGCAAGACGACACGUCUUCGAGGGUUGCAGAGGUAUCAGGUGGCUCCGGCCCAAAGAAAAUACAAGUGUCGAGGACCCCGUAUGGCGGCAAAGGCUCAAAACUGCCCCAGACUCUUGCUUCGCGAAUCACUCCGACUAUUACAAAGAGUGCGAACGAUGAUGGAAAUCUUACUUCGACUUUCGUUCCCGGAACCUACUUUGAACCAAGCUCGGGGGACAUUGCCGUGACAGAACGAAGCUUGAAGGCGUUUUCGGCAAAUGAGAGUUCGAAUCCGACUCCCGAGUCCCUCACUGCUACAAGUUGUGAACCACAAAUCCUUGACGCAAUGGAACUCGAAGAUGCUAAUCCAGGCAAAACCUCGACUGCAGUCCACAGUGCCGACUUGGGCCAUGCUCUCUCUACUAGUGGGGGAUUACCAAGCAAAGUGCAGGCUCUCCCUGACCAGCGAAAUGUGUUGGGUUGUAGCCCUGACUCUAGACGUCGUCAAUCUGAGACGGUAGGAACAGGGCGUGUUGAUGCAGAAGCAGGUGCAGGAGGACGACACAGUAAUAUCGCGGAAGAAAUCAAUCUAGGAUCGUUCAAAAAGGCUGCUCCAGGACCCAAUGACAAAGUCCAUGUACACUCCCUAUCUGAGACUCGUGUGCUGAUAUCUGUUUCGGCAAAACGAAAGCCAACUAGCCCGGGAAAGAGCAAUAUUCCUCUCAAAAGGCCGCGGCAAGAACAAAUAGGGACGGGCACCGAUGCCCAAAUCAUAGAAAUCGACAAUGAAGCGCAAGAAUAUCGUGGGCACCAACUCCGACAGACUGGGGGGCUCGAGGACCCUACAAGUGCCAAAUCACCACCUCGAACAGAAACUGAUCACAGUGAUGAAGACCAAAAGGGGCAACAUCACCCGGAGAUUCCGCGCUCGAUUGGCAACCCCAGCGCAUCGGCACAUCAUUCUUGCCCAUCGUCGAGGGUGGACAACGACAGCAGUAGCGGCCCAUUGGCACCACUCCCAAAUCAUGGCAGGCGCCAGCGACAGCCAGGCUUUGCGACUAAUGUGCCGAGGCAGUCGUCGACAUCGAUCACUCGCCCAUCUGUGUAUGGUGGAGCUGAUGCAGAGGAAGCCCAAGUCAUGGCGGACGGGUCACAUGAGGCUGAUAAUCUCUUCGCACGGUAUCGGGCAGCGUACCCUGAUUAUGAAGGGAGCGCGGAUGAUUUCCUGAACUCGUACUGCUUUGUCAAGGAAAUUUGGAUCCGCGAGCCGUGGCCCAAGUCGAUACAUCCAUCCCAUCUCGACGAUGCCGUCUUUCACCACUUCCAUAGCUACCGACCGUAUACAAGGACAGUAGGCACCGCGUCUGUGGGAUUUGUGGAAUUCUUCCACGCCUUCAUUGAAGACCCAAACCACCAUGAGAGGAUCAUCAGACCUUCGGCACUCGAGAACGCCCCGGGCCGAGGAGGGACGGUGAGAAGGUCAACUCUGGGUGACCACCCAACAAAUCAGGGAGCGCACUUCUCUGCCACUGCGCCUGUUGCAUCCACCAAGAUAGCAAAACCAACGACAUGGCAAGAAACAGUUGCCGAACACCAGCUGCAGUUUAAGCAGCUGGCCGAAACCAGGGGACAGGCUGUUGAGGAUCGUAUUGACAGCAUCGAAAGAUGGCGUGAAGACACUGCUCGUACUGGAUCACCCGAGUUGGGGACAUCCGACGUGGACAGAGGCCUUUCACGACGGAAGACACCAACAAGGGAGUCUCCAGAGCCAGCGACAAGGACCUCGAGACCACGAGAGUCCCGCGAACCGUCGGCGGGUCCAUUCAUCAAGCCACCAAAACCGGCGACUGCCAGUACCAGGAGGAGCUCAUCGGUGUGGGUUAAGAAGCGUGCAUCGAUGCGGAACUUUUGGAGUGGGACCAGCACGGCGUUCACGACGUUCGAACGGCAGUAUGCGAAGUUGGUUGCUGAGAAGAAGGGGAGGGCUUUGAGCGAGACUCCAGGGCCCUCGUCGCGGAGAUGA